AUGAGCUUGGUCCUUCACGAGCUGCUGGUCUGCUGCAGAGGUUUAGAGAAUGAAAAAGCAACGGAGAGAAAGGUAAUUUCAGUCACUCAUAAAUCAGUGCAUUGAAUCAAUAAACCUAUUUCAACAUCUGUGCACAAAACAUUCUGUUCUUGUAUCCAGAAAGAGGCUGAUCGCUUCAGACGGCUCAUCCGGUGUCCUGACACAGUGGAGGAGCUGGAUCGCAUUUCUGGAACCAGAGCUGCUAAAGGCUCCAAGCAGCUCACCUGGGAUGCAGUCUUCAGGUACUAUCUCUUCCUACAUAGUUUAUUACCUAAAUCCCACUAUUAGGGGACAGGUGUAGCCAGGCUACUAUUUUAUUGACAAUAUUGAUUAAGUCCAUCAUCGCUUUGCAUUCUCACUGCCUUUCUUUCAGGUUUCUGCAGAGGUAUCUGCAGAAAGAGACUGAGCUGCUCCAGGCAGGGAAAGCCAACGUGUCAGCCACCACGCAGGCUAACCGUCAGAAGAAGAUGCAGGAGAUCAGCAGCCUGGUCAAAUACUUCAUCCGCUGUGCCAACAAGAGUACGGGUUUGGAGGAUCACAGACCAGAUCAGAUCAUAGGCCUAUAGAGCCUAACACCCACACCCUGUGUUGUCUAUCCCUGUGUGUCCCAAAUGGCUCCCUAUUCCUUAAAUAGUGCACUACUUUUGACCAGGGCCUAUAGGGCUUUGAUGAAAAGUACUUCAAUUUUGGACGCACUGACUGAUUUGUAGCGCCUCUGGGUACUUUAACCCCCCACUUCUCACCUUACAGGAGGGCCUCGUCUGAAGUGUGGCGAGCUCCUGAAACAUGUGAUGGAGGUGCUGCGGAGCUCAUUCAGCUGCUCAGCCUAUGGGGAGGACUACAGCACCAUCCUGCUUAAGAACAUCCUGUCUGUCCGCAAGUACUGGUGUGAGAUCACCCAGCAGCAGUGGCACAGUCAGUGGUUCUUAUUGCUCCUCUCUCAAUACAGCAGAGACUUAGAUUUGUAUGUGCUGUUGAAUGUAAUCUAUGAAUGUAACGGGGAAGUAAUUGGUGGUGUUUUGGGGUAAUUGCAGCUAGUAAUAGGAAAUACAAACAAACGCAAUGUAAAUGCUUGAUUGAAGUCAUGGGUCCGCAAUGGAAUUUCAUAUGUAUUGUCCAGAUUUUGAUUUCACUCUUGUUAGAUUCUGAACAAUUUGUUCUCUCAUAUGUAUCUAGAUUUGCUGGAUCUGUAUUGUGGCCUUUUCACUGGUUCCUCCAAGGCCAUAAAUCGUGUGCUAGUGAGCAGGAUCAUCCACACUGCAGUCCAGGGCUGCUGUCUGCAGACUGAGGGCUUCAGCCAUACACUCUUCAUCUUCUUCUCCAGAGCACUGCUCAAUGCCAGGUACGAUGUCAAUAACAACAACCACUGCGAGAGGUGAACUGUAUCAUGCAAGGGAGUUGCUACUUUCCACAGUCAUUUUCCAGUAGUUAUGCGCCUGUAGGUGUAAGUUGUCUAUUGUGUAAACCUACUGAACUGAACGCUUAGAAAUUGAGUCUACAGCAGUGGGGGCUGGUGGGAGGAGCUAUAGGAGGAUGGGCUCAUUGUAAUGGCUGGAAUGGAAUAAAUGGAACAGCGUCAAAAAUGUGCUUUCCAUGUAUGAUACUGUUCCAUUGAUUCCAUUCCAGCCAUUACAAUGAGCCCAUCCUCCUAUAGCUCCUCCCACCAGCCUCCUCUGGUCUACAGGGGGCGGCAGGUAGCUUAGUGGUUAAGAGCGUUGUGCCAGUAACCGAAAGGUCGCUGGUUCUAAUCCCCGAGCCGACUAGGUGAAAAAUCUGUCGAUGUGCCCUUGAGCAAGGCACUUAACCCUAAUUGCUCCUGUAAGUCGCUCUGGAUAAGAGCGUCUGCUAAAUGACUAAAAUGUAAAAAAAUAAAGUGAGACCUACAAUCAAGAGACUUAAACCAUUACACUGCAUGUGAUAUGUUCUCUCUGCAGGCAGGAGAGACACUUGGCGGUGGUAGAGCACUUGGUCUCUGCUCUGAACGUCUUCCUGAGGUCUGCUGCCAUGAACUGCCGUAUCAGGGUGUGUCGGCUGGGUGAGGAGCUCCUGCCCUCUGUGCUCUACGUAUGGAGCCAGAUGAGGCCCAGCACCACUCUCAAAGAGGAGAUAGUAGAGUUCUUCAACCUGCAGCUCUGUGUACAUCAUCCCAAAGGGUCAAAGACACAAGACACGGGUAUGGCUGGUAUUUUUUGGACAGACUGAAAACUGAAAAAACACCAUUGUCUUUAUGAAUCUGUUUCGAUGUUGAACGAUGAAAACGGUGUAGAAGAACAGACAGGUGUGAAUUGUUUUCAUCACUGAAACCCUUGAUGAAGUAGAAUGCCAUUUUAGAUCAUGAUUGAUACAGCCCAUCUGACACCUUUUCUUGCCCAUGCCACCCCUCACUGUUCCAGGAGCCUAUGCUGAGGACUGGGCCAAAUGGCAGAGUCUACUCUAUAACCUUUAUGAUGCCCUGGUGAAUGAGAUCAGCCAGAUUGGGAGCCGGGGGAAAUAUGCCACAGGGUCGCGCCACAUCGCUGUGAAGGAGAACCUUAUCGAGCUAACUGCGGAAAUCUGCCAUCAGGUGAUAAAGCUAAGAUCCUUCAUUUUCACAUCUUGACUUCAUUUAUUAGUUCAAGACUAAGACCUGAGAUGGGCUGACAUAAUCUGACAUAGUUCACCUGUCUUUAAGAAUGAAAAUAGAUUAUGUUAGUAUUGUUGGUCUCAUCUUCAUGUUUUGGGUGUUUAGCUCUUUAGCGAGGAUAGUAAACUCCAGAUUCUCGAGGUGACUCAGGCCCACCUCAGAGCCACCCAGAGAGGCAGUCCACAGGGCACGCCCAGCAAGCGCAGACGCAACGAGCUGGGCUGGGAGGUUCUCCGAGACCACCUGCAGCCACACCAUAGCGACUUUGACAUCAUACCAUGGUGAGAAAAGACAAUCACACCAAGGUUCAGUGCUCCUUAACUUGCCAAAUAUCCUUAUAUUUAGUGCAAUCAAACUCUUCACAUCUCCAUAUCCUCUGUGUUCACCUACUCAACAAUACUAUGCUCCUAUUUAGGUUACAGAUCACAUCAGUGUUGACCUCUAAGUACCCCUCCAUGGUGCCUGGCCAGGAGCUGGUUCGUCUGCUGUCCGUCCUGUGCCAGCUUCUGGGGGAGCAGCGGCGGGGUGACAGGGGGCCCUACGUGCUGCGCUGCCUGAGGGAGGUGGCUCGCUGCCAGGCCACACACCCAGAGAGGGCCCAAGCCUACAGGGCUGAACUGGGCAGGCUGUGGGGCCGUGUCUGGGCCCUGGCUCUACGGGGGGUCAGCUCCCCCCAGACUGAGGCCCUCAGUCUGGCCCUGCUGUCCACCGUCCUCCAGGGAGCCCUCAUUCCCAUCGACAGAGAGUUCUGGAAGCUCUUCUCUGGCUCGGACUGCAAGCCCUCUGAGUGAGUCCUUGGCUUUGAUUAAUGAUUUUGUCAUGUAAUAUAAAGUCACUUCCUCAACAUUAGAUUGACUAAUUUACUCUUUGCAAACUACAGUGCAUUAUGCUUUUAUCUCUGAAGGAACAUUUCAACCUCUCUCUCUGUGUGCAGUGCUGCUGCUCUGUGUUUGGCCCAGGCCCUUCUCAAGUGUCCUGUUCCUAAGAGCCUGGGCACUGGGUGGGACCAAGCAGGGGCCGUGGAGGGGGUCGGGCCACCCAGCCUCAAGGAGAACAUCAUGAGCUGGCUGCUGAUGAAUGAACAGAGUGAAGAGGCAGAGGAGAGCUCAAGACCACACCCCAUCAUCUGCAGGUGGGCAGUUUAUCACUGGGCUCAUAUCUCAUUUUUAUUCACCCUUAACCUCUGCUAGUGUUGUCUACUUGGGAUAAUUUUGUCUCGGUACAAUGUUUUACGUCUGUAAUUGUUUUAACACAUUCCUAAUAAGAGUCUGUGUCUUAUUCCUCUUUGCCCAGGGAUUUUCCUCAUAACCUAAUCCCCAGAAUCCUUGUGCCUUUGACCCUCAAAGACACCCGAGCUGGCAUUAUGUUUCUCCUUGGAGCAAAGGGACUUGAGAGGUGAGGGAAAUAUUUAUCUAAAACCGAUAAAUUCAACCAUAUUGUCAUCAGUGUCAACAUAACUCCAUAGAUUUCAUACCACCUUCAAUCUUUCCCUCUGCCUAAAGUGCUGUGAUGCAAGAUCAAGCACAAGUGGAAGCUAAAGAUGCCCUGAGUGAGAUUGAGAGCAUGUACCUGCAGUUCAGCUUUGACGAGAUGCCCUCUGACCCCAUGGUGAAAGUGACGGUGUCCUCAGCCGACACCCAGCUCACUGUUGUCCCCAGCCUUAAACACAAGCUGGAGCAGGGCCUCUUGUCUGUGGCUGACCACCUACUCAACUGCUACUCCCCUGAUGUGAGUGAAUGUCUAUGUUAGAAUCAUGGUUUUGUGAGUUAGUGUGUAUGUUCAAACUAAGCACUGUGUGUGUGUGUUUUCUCCUCAGUCUCAGACCACACCACCAGAAUGCCUGGUUCGUUGUUCAAGUCUCCUUACUGGUGUUUUAGCAGGAUAUGUCUCUACAGGUCUCCUGACUGAGGAAGAAGCCUGCCAUUCCCAACCCUUCUAAAGGCCAAGGUAGUCUGAACGGGUUGAUAACAUUUAUUAUAUGCCUGCUGAAAUCCACAUAUAUGCAAUUCAUUGUAUAUUCUGUUGGCUUUUCGCAGGCACUGGCCCAGGAUUUUAGUGAGUACAUAUCUAAUGUGAAGGUGAAGAUGGCAGAGGAUGGGACAAUGACUACACUCAGGUCUGUCAUGCGGCUGUGCACCCAGUGUGUCAACAGAGGGGUUAAGGUAAGACAAGCUUUCUUCCUCUCCUUGUUCCUUAUCGUUAUCAUCGCCAUCAACAUCUGUGUUUAAAAUCUGGCUCUCUAUUUGUACUUUCAUUGACUUCCACAUAUCCUCUCCCACAGGACAGUAUGAGCUCCGUCUCUUGCAACUUGUUCUUGAAGAUAUUCCCUGCAAGACUUUUGACUGAACUGGCAGAAAUAUGCAAACUGUUGGUGAGUCAUGGAGAGUUUGCUUUCUGUCCCAUCAACCAUCAUUUUGAUAAUUUGAAUAACCAUCAUUUGGACCUGUAUAACCACUCUGUAAUGAUCUGAGUUGUGUAAGCUCACUCUGUGUCUGUCUCUAACUCACAGCUGAAUAGCUCCUGUAAGAGAGGCAGUGUGGGGUUUGAGGAGGACACCACAGAUGAGGACUGGGACAUGACGAGGACACAGGCUGACCAGCAGGAGGACAUUGACCUGUUUGAUGAAGGAGACGGCCCACAGACCAGCACAUCUAAUGGGACUCACAGAGAGAAUGUGGACCCCAGUGAUACCCAGUGUGGUCCUGGUAAGUGGAUGAUAUCCCUCGUAAGCCCCAUGUAAAAUCAUCCCAUCAGCGUCAGCCGCUAUGUCUGGAUACUAUAGGGCGAGGUGGAGCUAUUGACAUAUGUGCACACCCCAUCUGAUUCUUUCAGAUCAAUGAGAUAUUUCCAGGGUUAGGGGCUUGGGGGUUGAUAAUCAGACCAGGCAUUGGCCUCCAAGCAUUUCUAUAAAUCCACCAAUCAGAUUGUCAUUUAAAUGCUCUAUCUUCUCCUAGAUGCUAAAAGCCUACUGGCUGAGGAGCAUUUGGCCCAGCAGGAUUUAGCCGUCUUGGCCAGUCUGGAGUUCCUGUCCCUGUGUGUCUCGGCUGAGUUUAUCCACGGGCUCUCCUUCAACCAAGCGGAGGUCCGGCGCAAGCUGCUACUGCUGCUGGACAAGAUAGACUGCACCAAGCCACUACACCUCAACAUGGUGAGGGACCAGGACUGUGUAGUGUGGUCAUUGUUGCACAGCUAAUCGUAGUUCCCUACCGAUCAUGUUGCAAAUGAUGACUGAUGAUGUUCUUGUAUCACUAACAUUAAAUACUAAUAGUUUAUUAUUUUCUUGUCCCCUCUCAGUACCUGGUCCUUCUGAAGAAACUACCUGCUGAGGACACAUCGCUGGCAGCUGAAGAGUUUGACUCACUCCUCAGACCUCUGGCGUAAGAAUGGCCUCUGUUUCUAGAUUUCUAUGUCAAAUAUACUAUGCUAUACAUGAGGUGCUGAAGACCGAUUACUUUUCUUUGUGCUUGCAGGGAUCUUUGCUCAUUGUACCGCCAGGACCAGGAGAUCUGUGCUGCAGUGCUGCUGGGUCUGCUACCGUCUAUACGUAGUCUGGGCCGUACUCAGGACCAGCAUAAUGACAUGAGACACGUCCAGGGAGCUCUGCUCCAAGUGGUCUCUGGAUUCUGGUCAGCAUCAAAGUCUAGAUUUUUGUAUUUUGACUUGACAAUAAUUCUUGUUCUUCGUUCUAGAAUUUAACUUCCAACUUUUAAUGGUCUCUUCUAGCAUUUUGGGCAGAACGGGGAAAUGCACAGCAAUUGUAAAGGUGGCAUUAGUUCACUGUCUGCUGGCUCUACUGGAGGUGAGUUCACAAUGUUUUAUAGUCACAGCAUAGUAACUGCCCAUGAUAACCACCCUGUCUUUAGGUAGAUGGAGAGUAAUAACACCAUUUACUUCCCUGUCUCUCUCCCCUAUGUCAGGCUGACCCUUGCUGUAAGUGGGCGGUCCUUACCCUGAGGGAGGAGGAGCUUCCAGUGUCCGUCAUCCUCCCGUCCCACCUGUCUGACUCUCACCAUCACGUACGAAUGCUUGCAGCCAUGACAGUGGAAAGGUUGGUUUCACCGACGGAACACUCUCUCACCAGCCUUAAUGCCAUCACAGAGGCUAAUGUCUCUCAAGUUAAAAAGUUAAUAUUUACAUGUUUGACAUAUCUACCAUGCAUGCUCUCUUCCAUCCAUAGGCUGUUCUUGGAGAUGACACCGGACAGCUUGGAGAAGAGAAAGAUGCUUCCUCUGAAAUGCCAGCAGACCGCCUUUGAGAACGUCUACCUGAAAGCCCAAGAAGGGAUGAGGAUCCAGGUAAGCCUGUCUUUCACAUGUUACUCUGACAGAUGUUUUUAUGUCCAUCUCACUAUCCCUCUGCUCUCCCUGGUGUGUGUCACAGAAGAGCAGCUCUCCUGAAGACCUGAGUGACGAGAUGUUUAACCGCAAGGCCACGCUGCUGAAGAGUGUGUCGGUGGUGCUGUGCUGCAGCCCCGUCUGUGAGAAACAGUCCCUUUUCGCCCUUUUCCAGUCCUACAAGGAGAACAACAUAGAGGAGCCACUCAUCAAAAAGGUAAGGGAAAUUAAUUUGGCUACACAUAUUUAUGGUCUCAUAAAUUAUUAUGUUUUGUAUUCAUGUUUCUUAAACUGAAAGCACUUUAGUGUAGGUGGGUAACUUGCCCUUUCCACCGUCACGUCAGACAGAGAUACUGUAUCAGUAUGCUAUGAUGUUGACAGACUGAAUGUUAACCUGGUUUGUCCCUCACCCCCUGUUAGGUCCUGGGCAGUGUGUCCAGAGUUCUGGGCUACAGGAGUGUGGAGGGGUUUGUCAGCUCUCACCUGGAUUACCUGGUGGCAGAGUGGCUGGGCCAGCCAGGCUACACCCUGGAGUCCUUCCCCUACACUCUGCUCAACCACGCCACUCUCAAGGACUUCUACAGGUAGUUUACAUUCUACUUUAGCCCAUAAGUUUUAUGUCCAUAAAAUGACUCUUAGGGAAUUUACUGAUCUGACAGAAUUGGGGUGAAAGCAGAGUUUCCACCAUAUUGCUUUCACCUAUUCAAUCAUGUCAGAUCACCUUAAGGAAGGAAGGAAAGAAGGAAUGAUGCAUCUAAGUAAGAUCAAUUUAUUCAUUGUUUCUUUGUUUUAUCCCAGUUCCUCCUAUCAGGUCCUUAUCCCACACCUGGUCUUCCUGGAUGACUUUGAGCAGGUGAAGUCCAUCGGCACCCACCUGGGUAAGGACUGGAAGAAGCUGCUGGCCAACUGCUUCCCUAAGAUCAUGGUGAACAUCCUGCCCUACUUUGCCCUGUCGGGCCAGGAUGCCCAAGUGGCCCAGCAGAGAGAGAAGGCCCACAGGGUCUAUGACCUACUCAAGGACAGCAACUGCCUGGGCAAACUGGUGAGGAAGAGACGCUGGGAGUCUCUGUGCCUGCAGCUGAAUGUGCUUAAAACUCUGUAGGAUGUUAUCAUGUAUAAACCAGGAUUGGGAUCCAUUCCUUUUCACUUCAUCCCCUGAAUUGGCUGAAUUGAAAUGGAAUUGACUCCAACCCUAGUGCCAAGUUUGCCAAUUCAGGUUGAGCUAGCUACAAUCAGCAGCAGCAGUCAAGUGAACCUGCAGUAGAAGCUGUAAAAGCAGUCUUAAUGUCUGUCUCACAGACCUAACUUUCUGUAUCACUGUUGGACUUUCCACAGCAAAUCGACAGCCUUAUUCACAGUAACCUGUCGGACAUUGUGGUGGAGCUCUUGAUGACCCUGUAUGAAGGGGCUGCUACUGAGAAGGGGGGCAGAGGGGACCUGAUAAAGUUCAUAGGGUAAUGUUCACUGCACGUCACUCCUUACCACUCCACAACCACCCUUACUUGCAUUCACAAACUUUCAUUGUCUGUGAUGAUAAUAUGUUCUCUCUAGGGAACUGGACCCAGCACCGAACCCGCCCUAUUUCAGCUCCUAUGUCAUCAAAGCCACAUUGGACUAUCUCAGCAAGUGUCACAGUGCCAAUCACAAGUCCCUGGUGGCCAUUUUAUCCAAGACUCCGGUAAAAUGCUCUCCUGCUCUCAUCAUUGUGUUGAAAUGGUUGUAGAAUGUUCUUAUUACACAAUGGAACAGAAUAGGGUUUUACAAAGUUGAGUGGUUUCCUGGAACCAAUUUUUCAAAACUUUUAAUCUGGAAAGUAAUCCGGAUUCUGUGAUCCUCUUGUGUUGCUAUUCUAGAUCUCCAUUCAGAGGAUCCUGCUGGCGGUGUGUCAGAAGGCAGCUGAGACUAUCAAUGCCUACGAGAGGCACCGCAUCCUGCUGAUGUACCACCUGUUUGUCAGCCUGCUGCUCAGGGAGGUCAAGGACGGCCUGGGGGGAGCCUGGGCCUUCGUCCUCCGAGACAUCAUCUACACACUCAUCCACCACAUCAACAGCAGGUUAGGGGUAAACACACACACAGUCUGCUGCUCUCUCACAGAUCCGAUGGAGUGACUCGUCAUUUUUGCUCUCUCUAGUAGUUAACUGUUUUUCUGCCUGUUCUUGUUUUCUGUCAGGCCGGCCCAGUUGGACGAGGUGUCCAGCCGUAGUUUCUCCCUGUGUUGUGACCUACUGACCUCUGUGUGUCGCACGGCCGUGCAGUUCUGUGACGACGCUGUGGAGAGCCACCUACAGGUCAUUGUUGGUACUCUCACCGCCCAGGUGACCAACCAACUUGCCAUCUCACAGCAGGUAAGACAUGGAUGUAUCACAUGGCCAGUAGACUCUUUGUAUGACAAAUAAUAAUUUGUUCAAAGUAAGUAUUACACUGUUCAUUGUUCUCUCUCUUUCUCUCUGUUGACCCCUCUGUCUCUCUCCUCUCUUCUUCUUCUCUGUCUCUGUCUCUCUCUCUCUCUCUCAGGUGCUCAGUCUGUUGAAGUUCCUGGUCGUAGAGAGUCAGGACAAGCUGAAGAGUGCCAUCCAGCAGUUGGAGCCCUUCCCAGACUGCCCGGAGUUCAGAGAGCUGAGGGCCGUGCAGCAUACACUGAAGUACAGCACAGGGAAAUUCACUCUCAGACAGGUAAGGGCACCCCCUUCACACACAGGCCACAGCACACACCCUCUCUAACCUCUCAUGUAUUACCUCUACAGCUGAUUCACACUAUUGCCACAUCCCCAGGAGAUAGCCCACUUCCUGUCUGUGGCUUCCUGUGACUCCCUGCCUCUGACCAGACUGGAGGGGCUGAAGGACCUGAGGAGACAGCUCCACAACAACAAGAGCCAGAUCAGACCGCUGCUGAGAGAGUGCCUCGGUCAGAGAGAGGGAGGGCUACCGUAGUCUAGAUAUGUUACCAGACCCAUUUAUGUUGUUGGAGGUGAGUGUGUUAGUUUGCCCUUUUUGAAUCCUGUCUCUGUACCUCUUCAUUCUAGUGGACCCUGCAGAGAGUGUGUUGGUGAGGCUGGUCCUUAACCUACUACAGCUCUGUAAGCUAGCAGCCAAUCACCCUGGAGGAAGAGACAUUUUAGGUUCGUAUGGUUACCUCAACCUCACUGUUGGCACUGCGUAUGUUUCCUCUCUCAGCCCAGGAAAGCAUCAAUAAUUGGGAGUGUGAUAGGAAGUAGUUUCGGCCGGCUUGGCACCGUUGUGUGAAAAAGGUCUUUGUCUUUUCCUUGACCAUGUGCCUAUGUUUUUAUAGAGGCUGCAGGGAGCUGUCUGGGAGAGCUGGGGCCUGUGGAUUUCUCCACCAUCGCUCUGCUCCAUGGGAAGGACCAGCUCAAUGCCAGAGCUGUAUCUCUCUUCCCUGCCGUGGAACCACAGUGGCUCUACAUCAUCCUGAACUGCAUCAACAAUGCCCUCACACACCACUGGUACACCAUACAGGGCUCUACGCUGAUUUUUUUUACAAGAAGCACAUUUGCUCCUAAGCUGAAAAAUGUAGGAGCACAUAAAGAAAUGUAGGAGCACAAUGAAAAAUAUUCUAGGUAUUAUUGAUAAGAAUUGCCACCAAUUACAAAAUACAUUUUAAUUUUUUUAGGGGCACUGGUGCUCCCAAAUAAAAAUUCCAGGUAGCACAGUAAAAUAUUUAGGAGCAUAUGUGACCAAAAUGGUAGCAGUGUAGAGCCCUGCCAUAUACUGUAUCUAAUGGCCCUAAAGUCCAAUUACACUUUCUUACUAAAUCAACAAUUUAGCCCAGGGAAGUAGUGUCAUACGGUUUUCAUAUAGUGAGUGUGUCUUGACCUGCUCUCAUGUCUUGUUGUGGUCCCAUGUGUUUCUCUGUCAGUAUUGAGGUGAGGCAAGCUGCAGCCCAGAGUCUAAAGGACAUCUUGGCCACUCAGGCUGGAGCUGACUUCUGGGAGGUCCAUAAAGACAACCGUGACCCCAUGCUGGCCUACCUCAACCCUUUUAGAUCUACCAAGAAGAAGGUUGGGCAGACUUUUCAAGACCUGAAAUAUCACGUCCUCGUAUGUGUGUGUGUGUGUCUGAAUUUCGUAGUGUGCAAAUUUGUUUGCAUAUAUACAGUACCAGUCAAUAGUUUGGACACACCUACUCAUUCCAGGGUUUUUCUUUAUUUUUACUAUUUUCUACAUUGUAGAAUAAUAGUGAAGACAUCAAAAUUAUGAAAUAACACAUAUGGAAUCAUGUUAAUAACACAUAUGGAAAGUGUUAAACAAAUCAAAAUAUAUUUGAGAUUCUUCAAAGUAGCCACCCUUUGCCUUGAUGACAGCUUUGCACACUCUUGGCAUUCUCUCAACCAGCUUCAUGAGGUAGUCAACUGGAAUGCAAGGUGUUCCUUCUUAAUGCAUUUCAGCCAAUCAGUUGUGUUGUGACAAGGUAGGGGUGGUAUACAGAAAAUAGCCCUAUUUGGUAAAAUACCAAUUCCAUAUUAUGGCAAGAACCGCUCAAAUAAGCAAAGAGAAACAACAAUCCAUCAUUACUUUAAGACAUGAAGGUCAGUCAAUCCAGAAAAUGUCAAGAACUACAUGAUUCCAUAUGUGUUAUUUCAUAGUUUUGAUGUCUUCACUAUUAUUCUACAAUGUAGAAAAUAGUAAAAAAAAUAAUUUAAAAAAAUAGAAUGAGUAGGUUUUUGACUGGUACUGUGUGUGAGGGGGGGGGGGUGUAUUUGUGUGUUAAUUAUCCAUUCACUUGUGCAGGUGGUCGGGGUGAGUGAGGAGGUGAGCUUGGUGGCCAGGGAGCGGCUGGAGAGCCAGGACCUUUGGGUGCCUGAGGCUGGCGGCCAUAAGGCCUGGCUGAAGACGCUCUGCACGGUUCUGCUGGACAGUGGAGCGGUCAAGAGUGAGGCUCUGCUGCUGUCCCGGUCCCUGUGUCUGGUGAGGGCAUGGCUGUUAUAUCUCUAAGCCAGCACUUGUGGUAAUGCUAAUUUAUUGUUCAGUCUGGCAUCUCUCGCUAACGCCCUUGCACACACAUGCAUGGAUGCGCGUACACACAUGGUCAAUUUCGGCUCAUCUUUCCAGUCAGAUAUCCCUGUCUCUAACCCAUAUCCUUUGCCAUGUGUUCAGGUGAAAACAGACUUCUGCCAGAGGGUGCUUCCGCUCAUCAUCCACGACAUCCUGCUGGGGGACUCAGACGGCUCCUGGAGGAAGCUCCUCUCCACACACAUCCAGGACUUCUUCACCAGCUGCUCCAGUCGCCAACGCGCCUCCAGCCGUUCCACCACUCCUCUCCCCUCAGACUCUGGUGGGUUUUACUCUCCAUCUCUCUCGCUCUCCAUCUCUCGCUCUCUCUCUCUAGCUCUCUUUCUGUAGCUCUUUCUCUCUCGCACGCUCUCUCUCUCUCGCUGUGUGUGUUUGACUUUGGACAUUUCUAGUAGCUUUUUCUCCUGGAGAGGAGGUCUUUACAGUAGUUUUAUUAUCUCAACAGGAGAGUCGGACAUCUCCAACCAGGGUCCGUUGGAUAAGGCCUCUCUGCGCACCAUGUUGUCUGUCAUUAACUAUCUGAGGCAGCAACAAAGACCUCUAGAGUCUGACAGGUUUGGAGAUGCAUUUGCUCUUAUUUUCCUGACCUGGACGACUAUAAAGUCUACUGCACCCCUCUCUCUGUUAGGAUGGCGUUUGAUGCUGUUGUGUUAGUUCUACUAACUAAUGUGGUACUGUGUUUGAUACUAUUGUGUUAGUUCUACUAACUAAUGUGGUACUGCGUUUGAUACUAUUGUGUUAGUUCUACUAACUAAUGUGGUACUGCGUUUGAUACUAUUGUGUUAGUUCUACUAACUAAUGUGGUACUGCGUUUGAUACUAUUGCGUUAGUUCUACUAACUAAUGUGGUACUGUGUUUGAUGCUGUUGUGUUGGUUCUAGUAACUUGUGUGGGACUGUGUGCCACUCUAACUUCUGGUUGGAGCUAAAUUACCUGGAGGUGGCCAGGGUGGCUCAGUCCUGCUCGGCCCACUUCACUGCCCUGCUCUACUCUGAGAUCUACGUAGACAAGAUCAAGACUAACAUGGAGGAGAACCGCAGGUACACUACACAUGAUGGGAAAUACUGACCUUUGAUCUCUUUGGAAAAAGAUACAAAUGACUUAACACACAUGAACACAAUUCAAAAUUAUGUCUCUUAUGCAUUUCUUAUUCUGGGUUGUUCUCGUCUUUCUUUACCUCUGCUUACAGGAAUCCGGCCAGAGCGUCGCGCAGAAUCACAUUUGAUGAGAGCAGUCAGAACUUCACCAUCUCCAGUCUGACAGAGGAGAGUGUGAAAGACACUGGCAUCAGUCUACAGGUACAGUUGAUUUUGCCUUUAGACUCAAUUAACCUUUAGUGAUGUUGUCCAAUGCAUAGCUCUGUACUGUCAUUUCUUUACCAUGUUUUAGGACCUACUGAUUGAGGUGUAUCGUAGUAUUGGGGAGCCAGACAGUCUGUAUGGCUGUGGAGGUGGGAAGAUGACCAGCGCGCUCACCAGGUGAACUUUGUUAUCCUACUUUUGUCCUAUCUUGGAUAUUCAACGUUUUGUUAGCUGAGAAUUCUAUUUUUGUGUGUCUGUUUUGUAGGAUUCGGACCUAUGAGCAUGAGGCGAUGUGGGGAAAGGCUCUGACCUCUUACGACCUCCACUCCAAUCUUCCUGAUGUCACACGGCAAGUGGGCAUCGUGGAGGUAAGCAGAAACUGGUUUCAACUCCAAAUCUGUAUAGUUUCUGUCUGUCUGUGUAAACCAUUGUUGGGAACAGAUGACAAAACCUAAUGCUGCUUGUCCAAUGGUCCCUCAGGGUCUGCAGAACAUUGGUCUGAGCAGCAUCCUGGCCACCUACCUGCGGGGUCUGGAGAGUGAGGGGGUGGAGUGGGGGGCGGAGCUAAGGGAGCUCAGGUUUCAGGCCGCCUGGAGGAACAUGCAGUGGGACUGUGACCUAUCAGAGAGGUGAGUGGUAAGGGCCUCGGGCUGUGACUUAUCAGACAGGUGAGUUGGAGGGGCCUCGGGAAUGUGACUAUCAGAGGUUAGUGGGAGUGGCCUCAGGACUGUGGCCUAUCAGAGAGGUGAGUGGGAGGGGCCUCUGGAAGACGAGGGUUACUAAAGUAAGGGUUCCUGAGGUGGUAUUUUUGAAGAUGAAGAAAAUAUUGCUUUAUGGAUUGACGUGCCAUUGGUGUCUUCGCUUUUUGCUUGUUUCAGGAAUGAGAAAUUGAACCCUGGCUUCAACGAGUCAGUGUUCUGCUCCCUGCAGGCUUUGAGAGACAAAGAAUUUUCCACAUUCGAUCAAACUCUUAAAUAUGCCAGGUAAAACAAGGGUUCCCUCAUGGAAAUCAACAACUAUCUCUCAGCCAUCAAAUUAUCACCACACAAACAACUAUAGUCCUUGAAAUGAAUUGUGUGUGUGUGUGGCAUCAGGGGCAGUGAGGUGGAAGAGCUGUGCAGAGGCAGUCUGGAGGCAGUGUCCUCUCUCUACCCUGCUCUACGGAACCUGCAGAGGAUCAGUGAGCUGGAGAGCGUCCGACAACUCUUCUCCAAGUAUGACCUUCCUUCCCAGCAUCUCAACAUCGGUCAUUUCAAAUAUCUAUACAGUCUAGAAAUAGUGUAUUUUACAAAAUACUAUAUUUGAUUUGAAACCCACUGUAUGUGUCCCAUACCUCAACACAAUGCACAUCCACCAACCUAUAAUUUUUUUAUUUUUUAUAAAUGUUUUAUUUGCACACAAGAAAAAAAUACAAAACAAUAUGAUAGUUUAAAAGGUAAACAAAAAUAACAUGCAUAGGAGAGGUAAGAAACCCAGAGGGGCUUGUAGGCACCUCCUCUUUCAAUCAUUGUGAAACAAAACCAUACAAAAAAACACAUGAUCAGAUUUUUAGAGAGUGCAGGGUUUUGAUACUUCAAAUUCUUAGCUAAUACAAGUCAUGUAACUUGUAUAUUUCCCCCGGCCUGUGGCAGGCCCUUGACCGACGUAGGCCUGGCCGAGGUGUGUUCCCAUUGGCAGCAGCACUCCCAGCUGCUGGUGGACAGUGACUUUGGACUGGUGGAGCCCAUCCUGGCCCUGCGCUCCGUGGCCCAGGAGACCCUCAUCUCCCAGGAAAGAGACCCCGAAAAGAGGAAGUACCUCAGCACUGUCCUCACCUCCCACCUCAUGGAGCUCUGCCAGCUGGCCCGCACUGCAGGAAACACACAGGUACACUGGCGCUCCGAGCUCGCUGUGGGGGUGUUCAAUACAUGUAUAGGGUUUAUAUAGUGUGUGUUCCACAUGUAUAGUGUGUCUACUCUGUACAUGUAAUGUGAUGAGAAUGAGUGAGCGUGUUGGUGACCGUGUGUUUUUUUGGUCUGGAUUCACACACAGCACUCCUGAUCCAUUUACCCAGUAUGUUUUCUUAGAUAGUGCAGCACAACAUGCAUUUGCCUUGGUCUCUGUGUGAGUGACUAUAUUGGUCUCUGUGUGAGUGACUAUAUUGGUCUCUGUGUGAGUGACUAUAUUGGUCUCUGUGUGAGUGACUAUAUUGGUCUCUGUGUGAGUGACUAUAUUGGUCUCUGUGUGAGUGACUAUAUUGGUCUCUGUGUGAGUGACUAUAUUGGUCUCUGUGUGAGUGACUAUAGUGCCCCCCUCACCCUUGUGCCCCUCUUACCCAUGUGCCCUCCUCACCCCUCCCCAGCUGGCAGAGCGGGCGGUGUUCCGGAUGAAGCAGCAUGGCGGAGGAGAGGGGCAGGGCUCCACAGCGUCGUCAUGGCAGCUGGAGGAGGCCCAGGUGUUCUGGGCGAAGGGAGAGCAAGGUCUGGCUCUGGGGCUACUGAGACAGAUGAUCCACACUCUGGAGGAGCAGGUCAGUGGGAGUCAGUCUACAUGUUAACUACUCAGUCUUGGGGACAGGAGUUUUUGUUGACCAGGGAAAAACUCUAGGCCUGUAGCUAAGGCUUCAUUUUGUUCCUCUGUCUUGGCCAGGUUGUCUUUAACCCUGCCCUGGUGCCGGUGUUCACGGAGUGCCUGAGGCUGUGUGGGAACUGGCUGGCAGAGACCUGCCUGGAGAGCCCUGGAGUCAUCCUGGAGAAGUAUCUGGAGAGGGUAAAACUAAGACAGAUGUAUCCUACAUAUAGUAUAAUCCACUCCUUGGGCACAAUUGAUCUAUAGCAUGUGUCUGUGUGUGACUGUCUGGGUCUGUGUGUGUCUGUGUCUCUGUAACUGUCUGGGUCUGUGUCUGUGUGUGACUGUCUGGGUCUGUGACUGUCUUGGUCUCUCUGGGUCUGUGUGUGACUGUCUGGGUCUGUGACUGUCUUGGUCUCUCUGGGUCUGUGUCUGUGUGUGACUGUCUGGGUCUGUGACUCUCUGGAUCUGUCUGUGUCUGGGUCUGUGUGUUUGACCUCCUGUAGGCAGUGGAGGUGAUCACGGGCGAUGCGUUAGGUUCAGACACCAAGCUGCAGAGCCAGAGGACGCAGGCCUUCCUGUCACUGGCCAGGUUCUCAGACGCCCAGUACCAGAGCAUUGAUAACUACAUGAAGUCAUCUGAGUUUGAGAACAAACAGGCUCUGCUGGAGAAGGCCAAGGAGGAGGUGGACUUGAUGAGGGAGCGCAAGGUCGGCACCAACAGGUCAGACCAAAACACACAGCAGAGAAUGAGAGCACUGUUAACCUUGUGUGGUUUUGAAUCAGCUUGUUUUAUGCAGGUUCUACACCGGCUGAGUGUGGGUGACAGGUGCUGAAAGAGGGUUGGCCUCCUCCGGGCUGUGUGAAGAUUUUAUUUUCCACUGUCAGCUCUGCUCAAAACCUACUGUGUGUAUGAUAUUACAACUCCCUCUCCCUGUCUCUCCCAGGUACACAGUGAAGGUGCAGAGGGAGUUGGAGCUGGAUGAGAGGGCUCUGUCCAACCUGCAGGCUGACAGAAGGAGGUUCCUGUGUAAGGCUGUAGAGAACUACAUCCAGUGUCUGGAGCAGGGUGAGGAGCACGACACCUGGGUGUUCCGCCUGGCCUCACUGUGGCUGGAGAACGCUGACGUCAAGACAGUCAACGACAUGAUGAAGGUGAGUUACUGAUAUCACACGAACUAACAUCACCAAACACUCACUACAUUGACACAAGAUUGUUUAGUGCACUAUUUGUUAUGUCUGGGCUCCAUUCCAAACUGAAAUCUCUCUGAAAUCUCUCUCUCUUCACAAUCUGUUUGGAUCCCAGGCUACCUGGCAUUAGUGUGUCUUCCCAUUCAGAUGAGAGAAACUACUGUUUGUUUUACUAUGAGUUUCUUGUGCUUCAGGGAGGUGUGAAAAGGAUCCCGUCCUAUAAGUUUCUGCCUCUCAUGUACCAGCUGGCUGCCCGCAUGGGGACCAAAAUGUCUGCUACAGUUGCAGAGGAUGUGGGCUUCCAUGAUGUUCUCAAUGAGGUGAGACUUCAAUAUGUUUCAAUAGGCAACAGCCUGUGUGAACUAUAGAGUUCUCUUCCUCAGCUUAGCAUGUUUCUGUCUAUCCAUCCAUCCAUCCCAGCUGAUCUGCCUGUCAUGUCUGGAGCACCCUCACCACACCCUCUUCAUCAUCCUGGCUCUGGUCAACGCCAACAAGGACGAGAGCUUCUCCCGCAGCCGCCUGUCCAAGAGCACCCCGCGCCAUUCCUCCCAACUGGACCUGGUAGGCUCAACACCAGGCUAAACUAGCUGGGGUACACACAGCCAAUAAAAGGAAGAGGGGACUGGGUCUCUUUACUGUGCAUGACUUGUUACUGUCUUGUUGGAAUUGUCUUAGGAACUAAGUUUGUUUUUAGUGUGUGUUGUGUGAGAAUAAAGGAAAGAUGUGAUGUCUUGUAGGAGCGGUCUGAGGUGGCCAAGAGGAUUAUGAACAAGAUCAGGAAGAAGAGAGCCCAGAUGAUCAGAGGCAUAGAGGUCCUCUGUGAUGCCUACAUCACUCUGGCCUACAUGGACGCCAGUCGACACAAGACAGAGAAGAGUGAGUGACAACGGCACACUCCUUACAGCACUAAACACAGCAUACCACCCUGUAUCCCACUCCUGGCUUGCCUCUGAAGCUAAGCAGGGUCAGUCCUGGUCGGUCCCUGGAUGGGAGACCAGAUGCUGCUGGAAGUGGUGUUGGAGGGCCAGUAGGCGGCACUCUUUCCUCUGGUCUAAAAAAAAGAUCCCAGGGCAGUGAUUGGGGACAUUGCCCUGUGUAGUGUGCCGUCUUUUGGAUGAGACAUUAAACGGGUGUCCUGACUCUGUGGUCACUAAAAUAUCUAAUGGCACUUAUCAUAAGAGUAGGGGUGUUAACCCUGGUGUCCUGGCUAAAUUCCCAAUCUGGCCCUCAUACCAUAAUGGCCACCUAAUCAUUCCCAGCUUCCAGUUGGCUCAUUCAUCCCCCCUCCUCUCCCCUGUAACUAUUCCCCAGGUCGUUGCUGUAAAUGACAAUGUGUUCUCAGUCAACUUACCUGGGAAAAUAAAGAUAAAAUAAAAAAUAAAAAAAAACACAACCACCUUCACGAAUGACUACAGGGUUUUUACUACAUGCUAUUGUAUUGGUGUUUGUGAAGUUACUGUCCCCUGUGUUCCUCUGCAGAAGCCAUUCCCAUCCCUUCUGACCAGCCCAUCAUGCAGAUAAAGAACCUAGAUGAUGUCAUCAUUCCUACAAUGGAGAUCAAGGUAGAGAAUGGGUUUGAUCAUCUGUGGAUCCCUCACCAGUCUAUCACCUGACAUAAGGGGAUUUUUGUUAUGCAAUAGGAUGUUUUGCAGCCAGUUUGUAUAGAAUUUGCACUGUAAUGUAUGUGUAUGUAUAUACCAUGUCACACCCGUGGCGUGCUUUGAAAAGUGAUGUAAGAAGGACUCGUGUCCAUAUUGGUCUUUGUGUUAACAGGUGGACCCCUCGGGUAAAUAUGACAACCUGGUGACCAUCAAGUCCUUCAAGCCUCACUUUCACCUGGCCGGAGGGGUCAACCUGCCCAAGAUCAUUGACUGUGUGGGAUCAGACGGGAAGAGCAGACGACAACUGGUCAAGGUGAGGUCAUUACACAGUUUCACUGAUGAACUGUGAACCAUAUAUUUAUAUUGCUGUUUUCCCCUGCAAGUCAUUGUGUGAGUAAACUGUGUGUUCAAUGCAAUUCAAAGCUUCUCCUGACCCUUUGAAGGGAAAUCCACUGCCUUGUGUACAAAGACAAUAGAGGACUUGAGGUUCUGUUGUGGGUUCAGUUAUUUUCCAUGUUGGCCUGAUGGUAAUUAUUAAUCCCCUAUGUUUCUAGUCUAACAAAAUAAACACUCUCCAAUGCUUUGAUCAUCAUCAGUGCAUUCUUUAGGGAACUGUUCACUUUUUGUUUAUUUUAUUUGUCACUCCCAGUCUAAUAAAUGCACAGUUAAGAUGUUGGAGUUUCAUGAUGAAAUAACAGAUUAGCUCAUAGGAAAUGCCAAGAAGGAAUCAGUCUUCAAUAUCGUACCUGAUGGUCCUGAAAAAUAAGAUUUGGUAUAUUAGACCAUUUUCUGCAGUUAUUUUUUGGUAAAUUCACUCAACAUGGCACAUAGCAUGUGGGAAUACAACCAUCACACAAACCCUGUAGAACAUUGGUCAGUUCCGGUGUAGUGUUUUAUUUUGAUAUUAAUGUAGUUAUUGUCCCAGGUUGUAACCCCCUGUGACCUUUGCCUCUCUGUAUCCUCAGGGCCAGGAUGACCUGCGGCAGGAUGCUGUGAUGCAGCAGGUGUUCCACAUGUGUUCUACGCUGCUGCAGCGCAACACUGAGACACGCAAGAGGAAACUCAACAUCCGACGCUACAAGGUCAGACACCGCCCCAGUCUCAUAGCUCAACUUAUUUAAAUACAUUUGCCAGGACUGUAAAUUGCUCUGUAGAAGAGUUUCUGUUUUGUUUUGGGAGUACGAUUUUAUAAAAAUAAAAAUAAAGAUUUACUAACACAAUAGACAACUUAACAUUUCACAGACAUAGACAAGAGAAGAGCUUCUGUUAAAUGAUUAAAUUGUACAUUGUCAAAGUUGACCUUUCCUCAUAUCAUUAUCAUGUUAUAUUAAAAAAUAAAUGUGACAAAAGUAUUCUUAAGGAGCUGUUAUCCAUUUUGGGGGAUGGGAGUGAUUGAGGCCUCUGUCUCUGCCCCCAGGUGGUGCCCUUCUCCCAGCGCAGUGGGGUUCUAGAGUGGUGCUCGGGGACCGUCCCUAUAGGGGAUUUCCUCACAGAUCCCCAAAAGGGCGCUCACACACGCUUCUACCCCCAAGACUGGGCCAGCCUAACCUGCCGGAAAAAGAUGAUAGUGAGUCUCACUUUUACUCAUUUAUUCUUAGUCCCUUGAUGGCUGAAUUGUGUAGUACUGUACUGUACUGUCAUUUUGUAGUAACAUUGAUCUUUUCAUAUCGUUUUUUCUGUAGGAGUCUCAGAGGCUUGGUUCCGAUGGGAAGGCCCAGGCUUUCAGUGAGGUGUGUCAGAACUUCCGGCCUGUCUUCCGGUACUUCUGCAUGGAGCGAUUCCUGGACCCAGCAGUGUGGCUGGAGAAACGGCUGGCCUACACUCGCAGUGUGGCCACUUCCUCCAUCGGUACAAACACCAUCACCUCUGCUCUCCACAACACAAUACAAUCAUUACUAUACCUACAAAAAACAUUUUCUUAAACAUUUGGCUAUUCAUCUGAUGUACUUCAACACAUUCUUCCUUUUGUUUCUGUGUUUGUUCUCCUCAGUGGGCUACAUUGUUGGACUGGGUGAUAGGCACAUCCAGAACAUCCUUAUAGACGAGCAGACAGCUGAACUGGUGCAUAUUGAUUUGGGUAAGGAGGAUACUCAUAAUAGCUGUGUCUGAGUUAACAUUUGAGGACCACGUCUGAGGACAUUUUAGGUUAGGUAUUUGGUGUAAUGCAUUUAUCUCUCUCUUCAGGUGUAGCGUUUGAACAGGGCAAGAUUCUCCCUACUCCUGAGACUGUUCCCUUCAGGCUGUCCAGAGAUAUUGUGGAUGGGAUGGGCAUAACGGGGGUGGAGGGCGUGUUCAGAAGGUGAGCAGACCUCAAGACCCAAUCCCAAUACAGAUGGAUAGGGAUGGAUUUUAUUCAAGCAAUAUCUUUUUUUUAUCAGGAUAUAAUUUUUACUGUGUUCCUCUCCACCAUUCAGAUGCUGUGAGAAGACCAUGGAGGUCAUGAGGAGUUCUCAAGAGGCCUUGCUGACUAUUGUAGAGGUAUAAACACAAAUAAAUACUGUACACAUUCACUCAAUGCCUGUAUGUGAGCUUGGAGUGUAUGUUCAUUACAUGUUUAUGUGAUAACUCCUGCUAUUCCUUUACCCUGUGGUGUAGGUACUGCUGUACGACCCUCUGUUUGACUGGACCAUGAACCCUCUGAAGGCCUUCUACUUGCAGCAGCAGCAUGAUGAGCAGGCUGAGCUCCAGGCCACGCUCAACUCUACCCUGGGGGGAGACAUCCUGGAGGCACACCGCAAGUCUAGGUACUCUUCAGUACUGUAAACCCCCACAUCAGGGGUCUCGGCCUACUUGUAUACCAUCAUGUGGAAUCAUAUGCCUGACAGAGCACACUCAGUCCUGUCUCAGUCCAGUAGGCCUGAUGUUACUCACCAAAUCCUCCACAUGCUUUUGAAACAUCAUGUGGCAAGACUUGGUGUUGGUAAUUUGCAUUUGUGAUAUAAAUAUUUGUAAUGAAUCUCAUACAAUAUCCUGUCUCUUCUCUCAGCAGUGAUAGCCAGAGCUUCAACAAGGUGGCGGAGCGUGUGCUGCUGCGGCUGCAGGAGAAGCUGAAGGGGGUGGAGGAGGGCACGGUGCUCAGUGUAGGAGGGCAGGUCAACCUCCUCAUCCAGCAGGCCAUGGACCCUAACAACCUCAGCCGCCUCUUCCACGGCUGGCAGGCCUGGGUCUAGGGCCAACAUACUGGGAGAAACCAGGGGGCCUGGGUCAAUCUUAAAGUCCUCUUUCUACCAAGUACUGAUGUAUGAAUAAUGAAUGUUUAUGCUUUGACAUACUUGAUGCACCAUGUACUUCCUUAUCAAUCACAGCUGAUAUUUUAGCUUUCUGCACUUAAUAGACUGUAAUCAAUGAUUAGGUUUCUAAUGCAAUGUGUAUAUGAGUAGUUUUCUUGUGUUGCUCUGAAUUCUUUGCAUCAAGUGUCUGACAUACAGUUGAAGUCGGAAGUU